UCAGAGGCGAGCCCCGGCUCGGAUGGAGAGGGUCUGGCCGAGAGGACAUCGUGUUCCUUCGGCUCGCCCGCCGACCUGGCCCCGGGCGCCUGCGACGCCUCGCCCUCGGCCUCCAUGGAGGAGAUCCAGGUGGAGCUGCAGUGCGCCGACCUCUGGAAGCGUUUCCACGACAUCGGCACGGAGAUGAUCAUCACCAAGGCCGGCAGGAGGAUGUUUCCAGCCAUGAGGGUAAAAAUUGCUGGCCUGGACCCGCACCAGCAGUACUACAUCGCGAUGGAUAUCGUGCCAGUGGACAACAAGAGAUACAGGUACGUGUACCACAGCUCCAAGUGGAUGGUGGCGGGAAACGCGGACUCCCCGGUGCCGCCGCGGGUUUACAUCCAUCCGGACUCUCUGGCUUCAGGAGACACCUGGAUGAGGCAGGUGGUCAGCUUCGACAAGCUCAAGCUCACCAACAACGAGCUGGACGACCAGGGACACAUCAUCCUUCACUCCAUGCACAAGUACCAGCCUCGGGUUCACAUCAUCAGGAAGGACUUCAGCAGUGAGCUGUCUGCUAACAAACCAGUGCCGAGCGGGGAGGGAGUUAAAACUUUCAGCUUCUCCGAAACCGUCUUCACGACCGUCACCGCCUACCAGAACCAGCAGAUCACCAGACUAAAGAUUGAUCGCAACCCCUUUGCCAAAGGAUUCCGGGACUCGGGCCGAAACAGAACCGGCCUGGAGGCCAUCAUGGAGACGUACGCUUUCUGGAGACCUCCUGUGAGGACCCUCACGUUUGAGGACUUCACCAACAUGCAGAAGCAGCAAGGCGGCAGCACCGGGACGUCUCCCACCACCUCCAGCACGGGAACACCUUCUCCGUCCGGCGCAGCCCACCUCCUGUCCCCGUCCUGCUCCCCUCCUGCCUUCCACCUGGCCCCGAAUACGUUCAACGUCGGCUGCAGAGAGAGCCAGCUCUGCAACCUGGGCCUGUCGGAGUACCCCGCCUGCGCCCGCAGCAACAUGGCAGCCCUGCAGGGCUAUGGCGGCCUGGCCGACGGCUCAUAUGGCCGCCUCCAGGCGGCGGGGGGAGCCGUAGCGUCCGCCCAGCCAUCCGAAUCCUUCCUGCCGCAGAGGACUUCCUCCCUGAUCGCCGCGGGCAUGCAGGGCGGCGCCCACGGCUCCCUGGCCAGCGGUGGAAGCGGUGGAGGUGGCGGCGGCGCUGCCGGCGGCAAGAUGGACGCCUACGGCGGUCAGCUGGGCUCGUUCCCGGCCUCCCAGCUUCAGUACGUGAUGCAGGCCGGCGGAAGCUCCGGCUCCGCCUCGUCCUCUUCGUCAGGGUCGUCUCCGUCCUCCGCCCACAUGUUCGGCGGCGGCCACCACCACGUGCAGCAGGGAUCUUACAACGCCUUCUCCCUCCACAACCCCUACAACCUGUACGGAUACAACUUCCCCGCCUCGCCUCGCCUGGCCGCCAGCCCAGAGAAGCCCCAGGGGGGGCUACUCUGCUCCUCGGCGCCGGCCGGCGCCUUCGGCGAGCGCCAGUACCUGCCCAACGGCGGCAUGGACACGAUGCACGUGAUCGGCAACGCAGCAGGCGGCCAGCAGGGUGGCAGCUCCUGCGACGGACGUCAGUACGGCUCGUCCUCUCAGAUGUCCAUGCACAUGGUGUGAAAACCGCGACCUCGGCCUUCUCCACGUCGCUGAAACGAUUUCAGGUGAAAAAAGGGAAGGAGAAAAAAAAAACUGCAGUUGGUGAGUGUUGGUUUAAACCAACAGAGUUCACCUUUCAGAAACACGCCUACCACUCCAAACGCAAUAAAAACAAAAGCAGGUAUAAACUUCUAUUUAAUUAUUUUAUAAUGAUCUUGACAGCAGCUCAAUGUUCUUACUGUUCGAAGGCAAAUUUGAAGAAGUGGAAACGGAGUAGAGAGAGAAGUCUAUGUGUUACGGUGCAAUAAUAAUAGAAACAGCUCCAGUGUCAUCCAGAGGGUUUUUUUUUGUUUUAUUUUUUACUUCAACCAGCGCUUGUGCCSUUUCGGUUGAGGGACGUCAAAGAGUCUGCGGCUCUCUGUGGAGCUYGGAGGCUUUGGACAGAAUGAAAGGGACAACUGGACAGCACCAGUGAGCGGUUCACUGCUGGAGGUGGAGGGCCUGUGUGCGGUGGAGGCCGCUGACGGAGGAAAACAGAGCCGGUUCUUUUCGCUGUACAGUAAAAUGUGAGAACAAGACUCCAACCAGACAACUUCAUCCACCUGUUUUCCGCAAAAACUGGAACUCCUCACAAUGUUUCCGGGA